AUGACCAACACCGAGACUCUUUCUCCCUACCCAAUGUCAGCUUGGGAGAUGAACAAGUGGCCCGAGUACCCCGAAGUCCGGUAUUGGAGCGACUUGGCCUAUCACCCUGCAAGACGGCCUUUUUACCCAUUUGUGCGUCCCGCAUUGCUGGCAAAGACCUCUGCAUCAUCACAAAGGGUGGUGGUUCAAUAUUGUGGCAGUCAUACGCGCCAGAAAGCCUCCUCAAGAAGGCGUGCCGAAAGCAUAGAGACGGACAAGCGCUGGCAGGAGACGCAAGAGUAUUGGUGGAAUGUGGUUGAUGGGCCGCAGACAAAAGACACGAAUGAGGAAGAGCAACGACGGCAGAAUGAUGCUCCCAUCAGCGAGAAAAGCUCAGAUCAAGAAGCUGAAUAUCUCCCACAAAAGUCCCCAGCAUCUUUCAAGACGAUCGUUGCCGGAGCGAGACGAUUCUUGCACCCUGUCCCAUCUAUUCUCAACCUUUUCCACAUUGCUCAGAAUCAUUUUGGGGUCGCUCUGGCCGUGAUAGAUUGGAUCUUUCCCCACUGUCUUCACAUUUCGUGGGCUGUUCUUUUGGGUGGCGUCCUGUUCGCCGUCGUACAUGGUUUUAUCUGGAAGUAG